AGUUUAUUUCAACUAUUGAUGUUUAUUAUUUCAAAAGAAUUCCUCUAAAUGUUAAAAAUGAAGGUUGCACUGUGAUCAUCAUUUUUUACCCUUAUUUUAUCACUUGACAAGGCAAAACACAUUCAUAUGCCACUGACCAUCAAUUCCCUCUGAUUAAUAUAUCUUUGGAUCACUGAGAAAAAUAUUUUUUUUCUGUAGCAAACAUGUGAGGUUGGGGGAAAUGUGCACAAGCAUGUUAUAACCAAACAUGCACACUCAUGUAGAAAAUCCAAGUGGAGCAAGUUUCUCAAUGAAUACACAUGGAUGUUUAAAAGCACGUGUACAUAGAUAUUUUACUUGCCAAGCUUCCUAUUACUGAUGUUAUUUUCUAGGAAUUGUGUUUUUCUUUGCUGUGGCACAGUAUAUUCUUUAUACAGAUCUAUAAUCCUAGUAAUGAAAUGCAGAUUGCUGAAUUCUUCAGAAAAAGAAGUGUAACACGUCUCAAAAUCAUAUUAGUAAUAGCAGUGUUUUUUUUCUAAAAAAAGAAGGUGCCGGAACUCACACACAUCAUACAACCCGCCUUGCCUACCUUACAAGGUUCCAUCCAAAAAAGGUGCUGGGACUCCGUUCUGGGCGUUCUAUGAGAAAAAAAGCCCUGAGUAAUAGUAAGAAUCACGUAGGAUGGACUUUACAGCCACAUUUGGCCAACAAUAAAGGCUAUGGCAGAGGUCCCCAACCUUUUGGGCACCAGGGACCGGUUCCGUGGAAAGAGGAAGAUAUUACCAAUUCUCAAUGCCUGGUUCCAAGGCAUCCUGUUCACAAAGUUCCAAGAUAAUAUUUCAGCCUAGCCUGAGAAUAACUAACCAGAAUCGGCCAUCUGUGGUGAUACGGGCUGCAUCAUAUAAGCAACCAAACAUCCAUGUGGAUAGCAGUCAGCAGUUGCAACUCCUCCUGCCGCUUGCUGAUUCAGUCUUGCCACCAAAUCUUCAGCCAGCAAGCUCAAACCACGACUUAGCAUCUCGGAUUAACACUGGAAAAAAGGACUGGGUUCACCAGGCUGCUCUUACUACAUCACCCACCAGAGAAAACUCUCAAGGAAAGCAGCUUCGCACAGAUUCCACCUCUUGCUUGCACCAGUACCAGGAAAGAGCCACAUACAGGGAAUGCCGAGCAGAUAAUACUGAGUGGCAAAUGCAAGAGGAGUUGGUGCACAAAUUAGAAGAUCAGCUGGUACAAGAAAAGCAGAAACUGGCUGUUAUGAGGGCAGAGCUAGCAUUAACCUCCCAUUCACACUUUCCAUACGGAUCAGGGCUCAUCUUCUCACCACAGACCAAAGGGCCAAGGAGUGAACUCGUGAAUGAGAUCUGUGUUUCCAACUACCACAGGGUAAACAGCAAUUCAGUGAAAAACCCCAGCAUGGACUAUUACCGGCAUACCACAACCCGCCCACCCUUCACAUAUGCUGCCCUGAUUUGUUGGGCCAUUCUAGAAUCUCCCAAGAAACAACUCAGCCUGAGUGAAAUUUACCGUUGGUUCAACAAUUUUGGCUACUUCAGACACAACACUCCUACCUGGAAGAAUGCUAUUCGACACAAUCUGAGCUUGCACAAAUGCUUUGUGCGAGUGGAAAAUGUCAAGGGAGCUGUCUGGACAGUGGAUGAACUUGAGUAUCAGAAGAAAAGGAGCCAGCGUUGUGCUACUUAUCCAUACCCAGUUCUGCUCAACCAAGGCAUAGGUGAUUCUGUUGCACCAUUCGACCCCACUGGUCAGCCAAGAACACGUCUUCCCACUUUUCUGGUUUCCCAGAAACCCCUGUGAGCUGAGCUGACUCUCCCCCAUC